AUGAGAUUUUCUGAUAGCAUGCUUAACCAAGAAAUUCUUGACAUACCAAAACAAUUGCUUUUUGCGGCUUUAUACUUGAAAUAUUGUGAUCAAAAUCCACAAGAACUGAAGUUUGAAGACAUAAUUGAUAUACUUAAUAAUGAUAAUGAAUCCAAUAACAUAGAUAAAGUUUUAAAAGAAUUUAAAUCACAAGGAAAUGAAAUAAAGUCUGUAUUUAAAUCAGUCAAAGAUAUAGUUAAUUUAUUAGCAUUUAAAAUUCUAAAUAAACAAGGUUCUUUGUCUGAAAUAAUUGCUCUAAAAAAUGCAACACGAAGAGUUCAAGAUUAUCUAAAAGCAUCAUUAAAUUUAUUCUUAUAUUGCAUUACUUUUGGUCUAGUUUUUUUAAUGGGCAAUCCUUUAGGUGGCGAUAAAGAAUGGUUAAGUUUGAAUGAGGAUAAUUUCGAAAAAACAUUAAAUGUACUAAAAGAAAAUGAAGGGUUGAAAUUGGCAUUAGAAGAAAAAAAUAAAAACUGCGGUCCAAAGAUUAUGAAUGGAUUAGUUGACUAUGCAGUAAAAUUAAACCUAGAAAUUACAGAUUUAUCUUACCUUCUUAGAAGCACUUCCUUACGUUAUUAUUUUUAUGAGGAAGAAGAUUAUAAUAUGAUGAAUCCAAAAACGACACCCAAAAAUUUCACUUUCGUUGACCAGUUUAGACAACUUAGUUUAUAUGAAAAGGAUGAAAUCGUCGAAUAUAAUUAUAAUGAUAGAACUGAGAUAAAGGCACGAUCGAGCCUAAGGACCAAUCAAGGCGAUAGAAAAACAUUACUGGGUUAUUCAGAAUGGAUAAAACUUCUUGAAAAAGAUAAAUUCGUUUAUAAUCAAUUUAAGGGAGAAAUUGAUAAAAUAUUACUGUUUGUUGGUUCAAUUUUAAAUGAAACAAAACAAACUAGUGCAUUUAAUAUUUUGAAGGCAAAAAUAAAAUUAAGCACAUUGGAUAAAAUUAAUUACACCAAAAAUCACUUUAAUGUUCUCAAUAAUUUGAUAAGUGCUUUUGAACAAGAAUUCAAUAAUUGUGAAAUGCAAUUAUUAAAGCCAGAAAUAAUAGCCAGACAUGCAAAUUUAAUUAAUCAAAAAGCACAUGAAUUUCUUGAAGAGUGUUAUAAAAACUUGCUAGAUUACAAGCAAAAGCUUAAUCAAGAUAAUUACAAGGAUGAAAUUACAAAAAUUGAUGAGUUACUAGAAAAAUCCAAUGAACCGGACAAAUUAAGAUUAUUUAUUGAUAAACCUACUAAGGUUUAUGAUUUUGAAAAUUUAAUCAAAAAUAAGAUUAUUGGAAGUUAUGAUAUAUUUGCAAAGGAUUUGAAUUCAUUAAAAGAAAGUGUAAAUAAUUUGCCUGUUGCAACAGUAAAUAAUCUGAAUGAAAUCUCAACUAAUCUGGAAGUGGUUAUGAAACAAUUAAAUGAUCCAGGACCAUAUCAUGAAUUAGCAAACAAGGCGGCUGAGCUUAUUAUCGGUGGUAGUAAUGUUAUUUCAGAAGUUCAGCGCGUCAAUGAACAAUUAUAUCCUUUAAUUUGA